GCAGAGCUGCAUUACGAACGCGUAGACCUCGGCGAGUGCAGCCACCUGCGAAAUAUAUCGAAGGUGGUCGCUAACCUCAAAUAAAAUUCUUUAUUAAAUUUGCUCAAAAUAAAUUCAUGCUCAGGACGACCAUGGCGAAUUUGCGGAAAUUCAUAGAUAUUGGGGCCAAUUUAACAGACCCUAUGUACCAGGGUGUAUACAAUGGGUCUCAAAAACACGAGCCUGAUUUACAUAGAGUUUUGGAAAGAAGUUGGUCCAACAACAUUUCCAAAAUCAUAAUAACAGCUGGCAAUAUUGAACAAAGCAAAAAAGCUUUAGAAUUAGCUAAAACUGAUGAUAGGCUUUUUUCAACUGUUGGUUGCCACCCAACAAGAUGCAGUGAAUUUGAAGAAUCUGGAGACCCAGAAUCAUAUUUAAAAUCGUUGACUGAUCUUGCAUCAGAAAAUAAAGAUAAAAUAGUCGCCAUCGGCGAAAUGGGAUUAGAUUACGACCGAUUACAGUUUUGUCCCAAAGACACUCAGAAAAAGUACUUUGAAAUGCAACUGAGUAUGUGUUCAACAUUGAAUCUGCCCAUGUUUUUACACUGUAGAAAUGCUUCUGAAGAUUUUGUACAAAUUCUAAGAAAGCACAAAGGUAAACUGACCAAUGGUGUUGUACAUUCUUUCGAUGGAAAUCCGGAAGAUGCCAAUUCGAUAUUACAAAUGGGGCUUUCUAUUGGAAUCAAUGGAUGUUCCUUAAAAACAGAAGAUAAUCUUUUUGCGGUGACUACAAUCCCCUUGGAUAGACUGAUGAUUGAAACUGAUUGUCCAUGGUGUGAAGUGAGGCCAACACAUGCAGCAGCUCAACAUAUUAUCACUAGUUUUCCCUCAGUGAAGAAAGAGAAAUGGCAACCUGACCACUUGGUGAAGGGUCGUAACGAACCUUGCAACAUUGUACAAAUUCUGGAAAUAUUAGCUCGUGUUAGGGACGAGGAAGAAGAGUAUCUGUGCAACCAGAUAUAUAAAAAUACAAUGAAACUGUUCUUUCCUCACGAGUUAUAACUUUCUUAUGAACUAUUAUUUAUUUUAUAAGCAUCAAUGUAUCACACACCAUACCUUAAUAUUAGAAACAUAAACUAAGUCUUUUUGCAUUGAACAUUACUUGGGCUUUCGAAACUUCAAUUCAUAGCAAAUUUGUGAGUAUGAAAGCAAGCAUGUGUAAUCUGCUAAGCAGUAGGAAUGAUCAUAAAGUAUAUUUGAAGACAAAUUUCAAUUAGGUAUCCUUAUAGAAUUUCUACGCCUCACAUUGAUACUACUGUAAUUUAUAAUCCAAUUUAAAUUAAAGAAACAAUAAACUCAAGUAAUACCAACGAGACAAUAUUCGUCAUCUUUACUGAAACUGUUCACCGCUUAAAAGUUCCCGUCAUCUAUGCCUAGCGUUCGACCGAUGGUACACUUUAAUAAUUUUCUCAAUUUACUUAAGAAACGUGUGCGAUUAUGCUAUGGUCAAAAAAUGUAACAUUUUCUGUUUAGAUUUGGCUGUGAGGAUAAAAUAUUUGUCACAAUUUUAGUACUGCAGUAUUCCCAAAAAUUUUGGACGCCAACUAGGAAAUAGGAAUUUAUGAACAAUGAAAACAUGCAGAGUAUUUUACCAAAAUUAAAAAAUUUGAUAACGUAUCUAAUCUAGAAAUCAUGUUGAUUAUAAUAUGCUUAACGUUUGGAUGAGCCUCCUUAUACAGAUGGAUGAAAAAUGUUCCAUAUUGUAGUGAAAACUUCCCUUUGUACAAAAGUUACGCAUACUUACUAGAAACAUUUGAUGUACGAACGAUAAAAUUUCAUGACCGAUAUGAUAUGGUCUGUAAUGCACUUGUUGGGAUCUCAGAAACUUAUUAUUUUGCCACAAUCUUCAUUGAAGGGUCACUUACUGUAGUGAGUGUUAAUCUCUUCAACGUAACCAUAAGAUACAGACCACUCUUUAGACCUCACUGGUAAAUCCUCAUUAUUUGAGAAAAAUUCAUCACACCAUUUCUCUUCACUACAACCAAGUGGCCGAUGACAAGUUCUGUUAACUACUCAUAUAAGAUAUAAAUUCAAUUAACAUGGACAUCACAAAUUUUGGAUCGUAGAACUGCAAGUGAAUUGAAACCAACAAUUAGUAAUAUCAAACACUCAGUUUGAUGUGAUAUGAUGCAGUGAAGCUAGAGCUCACACAUUAUUGAAUAAUACAUCACUAAAGAGGCUAUAUUUGAAUACAUUUUGUAUCAAUCAGUAGUAUUGUUUGCAUCAAUAACGUAUGAUUGAAAAUAGACUGCGUUUUAGAGAUAAAAAAUAAGAUAUAAAAGAACCACUUACAUAAUAAUAAACGCAACUUACUUUAUUUAUUUACGUCUACAGUUAGUACAUGACCAUUCUGUAAAUCUGUUGUGUAAAUUUAUCCAGCAGUAUUUAGACUGGAAUAUUUUCUGCGAUAGAUUUAGUAGGUAAAACAGUUUCAAUUUCGGAUGAACCGAAUUCUGUAUAACAGAACACCAAACUAUUAUUAUUUUCUCAACAAAUUUACAUGCAAUUUUUUAUGUUGAUAACUAAAUUAUAAUUACUGUUACUCAAACAGUGACUUUUGUAAACCGUAUCAAGGUCAAGGUUUCAAAUGUCAAGAUAAUCAAUCGUAUUAUUAAUUUAAAGAAUUAUAUUUUUUACGCACCACUUUCGUACGAUGUUCUUAUUCAUUAUUGUACAACUUUUUACACCAUUCUACAACAAUAUGCAAUUAUAUAAACACAUCAAUCAAAUCCUACAGCUUAAUUCGUAAAAAAAAAAUUUUUGUUAAGUAGGAAGGCCGAGACAAAUCAAUUCAAAUACUGAAAUACAUCAUGAUAUUUAGAAUAAUCUGAAA